GGCGCCGCAGCGCUCGACAUCGCGGACCGCCAGAACGCCCACAGCAUGACGCUCGCCGCGCGGGCCGUCGUUGAGCUCUUCCGCCUGGUGAAGCGUGAGAGCAAAGUCAACCGCGAGCUUCUGGCCUUUUCCAUCUCGCAUGACCACUGCUCGGUAAGAAUUUAUGAUUGCUAUCCAGUCAUAGAUGGAAAGGACACCAAGUACUAUCGCCACCCAAUCCACAAAUUCGAUUUCACAACGCUGGAUGGCAAGGAGAAGUGGACGGCGUAUCGUUUUACGAGGAACGUCUACGACGUAUGGAUGCCAAAACACUUCGAGAGGAUCUGCUCGGCCAUCGAUCAGCUGCCGUCCAAGUUGGACUUUGAUGUUCUGUCGCUCCCAGAAACAGGUCUCUCCCAGGGGCUG